UUAUAUAUCUCCUAUGUUUUGCUUUCUCCUAUGUUUUGUUUCUAAUUGAAUUUGUCUUGUUUUAGAUCUACUAACAAAGUUCCUAAUUGUGACUUCAGUCGGGGCUGUAAAAUUUUAUUUCAUUCAAAAGUUAAUCCCGGAUCGUGUUUCCUCCAUUCUACACGAUACUGGCAGAAUAUACUGUGCACGUCCUUGCACGGAUGAAGGCCAUAUUUGAAACAAACAAACAAGUUUAUUUAUUUGCAUGGAUGAAGGCCAUAUUAUAUAAAAAAAAGUUUAUUUAUAAAAUUUAAACUAGUGAUAAAAAUUAACUAUAAAUAAAAAUCAAAGAAAGUUACAUAUUUUUUUGUAGUUCUACAUUAUGGCUGAUGUUAUUGUGCUAUAUGAUGGUUAUUCUAUUUUAAGUGAUACUUAUGAAAUGAAAGCAAAUUGUAGCUGUGUUUUAAUAAAAGGCAUUCACAAUAUCAUAGUUGAUACGAUGACACCUUGGGACGCUAAUAAAAUAAUUAGUGCUCUUACUAAACAUGGUCUCACUGCGGAAAAUAUUGAUUAUGUGAUAUCAACGCAUGGACAUUCAGAUCAUAUAGGAAAUAACAAUUUAUUCUUGAAAGCCAAACAUAUAGUGGGAUUUAGUAUUUCUUUUCAAGACAAUUAUUAUAUACACCCAUUUGAUGAAGGAAAAGAAUUUAUAAUUGAUGAACAUGUCAAGGUGUUACCAACUCCUGGACACACACUGUCUGAUGUUUCAGUUCUUGUAACUAAUCCUGAAAAUGUAGUUAUAGCAGUUACAGGAGAUCUGUUUGAAAAGUUUGAAGAUAUUGCUGACCCAAGUUUAUGGAUUCAAGCUGGUAGUGAGGAUCAACUUAAACAAAGAAGGAACAGAUCUCAGAUUUCAGAACUAGCAGAAUGGAUUAUUCCAGGACAUGGACCUAAAUUUAAAGUUACAGAUGAAAUAAGAAAAACUUUAAGGGAACAGAUAGAAAAACAAAUUUUCUAAUAAAUGUGUUAUCUUACUGUUUUAUAAAAAUAAGCAUAAAGGAAAUGAUUUUAAAUUUUAAUAAAA